GGAGCUAAAUGGGGCGAAGGCCGAGCGGAGGGGUCCCGCACCGCCCCCCGCCUGCAGGUCGUGCUGGGCCACCUCGGCCGCCCGUCGGCCCGGGCCAUCGUAGGUCAUCCCACUUCAGGGACUAUUUCCUCUGCCAGUUUCCAUCCUCAACAAUUCCAGUAUAGUCUGGAUAAUAAUGUUCUCACCCUGGAACAGAGAAAAUUUUAUGAAGAAAAUGGAUAUCUUGUAAUUAAAAAUCUGGUAUGUGAUGCUGAUAUCCAACGCUUUCGGAAUGAGUUUGAAAAAAUCUGCAGAAAGGAGGUGAAACCAUUAGGAUUAACAGUAAUGAGGGACGUGGCCAUUUUGAAAUCAGAAUGUGCUCACGGUGAGAAGAUGAUCACGAAGGUCCAGAAUUUCCAGGAAGAUAAGGAGCUCUUCAGAUACUGUACUCUCCCCGAGAUUCUGAAGUAUGUGGAGUGCUUCACUGGACCUAAUAUUAUGGCCAUGCACACGAUGUUGAUAAACAAACCUCCAGAUGCUGGCAAGAAGACGUCCCGCCAUCCCCUGCACCAGGACCUGCACUAUUUCCCCUUCAGGCCCAGCAAUCUCAUUGUUUGCUCCUGGACGGCGAUGGAGCCCAUCGACCGGAACAACGGCUGUCUGGUUGUGCUCCCAGGCACCCACAGGGGCUCCCUGAAGCCCCACGAUUACCCCAAGUGGGAGGGGGGAGUUAACAAAAUGUUCCACGGGAUCCAGGACUAUGAGGAAAAUACCGCCCGGGUGCACCUGGUGAUGGAGAAGGGAGACGCUGUUUUCUUCCAUCCUUCGCUCAUCCAUGGAUCUGGUCGGAACAAAACCCAGGGGUUCCGGAAGGCAAUUGCCUGCCACUUCGCCAGUGCUGAUUGCCACUACAUCAGUGUGAAGGGCACCAGUCAAGAAAACAUUGAGAAGGAAGUGGGAGGAUUAGCAAAUAAACUCUAUGGCAUUGCAAAUACCGUGGACUUGAAGGAUAUUUGGAUGUUUCGAGCUCGACUUGUGAAAGGAGAAAGAACCAAUCUUUGAAAUAGCCCUUUUCUCAGCCAGGCGCGGUGGCUCACGCCUGUAAU